AUGCUAUUCCUAGAUUAUGUGAGUGAAUUUAUAUGGUUUUAUAGAGCUUGUAACAUCUUAUCACACUUUUCAGUUGAAAUGACGUACAUAACAAGGCUGACUCUAAGUCAUAACAGGCUAACUUCAAUUCCUCCGAAUAUCGCGGAUCUUGAGAACCUGCAGGUGCUUACACUUUGGAACAAUCAGAUUGAAGAACUGCCUUCCUCGAUCUCAAGCCUUUCGAAGCUGCGUAUUCUCAAUGUGGGAAUGAAUCGCCUCUCCGUGCUACCGCGAGGAUUUGGUUCGUUCAAAUCGUUGGAAAUUCUCGAUUUAACUUACAACAACCUGAACGAAAGAAGUCUCCCAGGAAACUUUUUCUUUAUUGAUACUUUGCGAGCGCUAUAUCUUGGAGACAAUGACUUUGAAUUGCUUCCUGGAGAUGUGAUGAAUUUGCGAAACUUGCAGAUACUGGUUCUGCGCGACAACGAUCUUUUGGCAAUUCCUCGAGAAAUCGGGCACCUCACUAACUUGAAAGAGCUACACGUCCAAGGAAAUCGCCUCACUAUUUUGCCACCUGAAUUGGGACAGUUGGAUCUGAUUGGCAACAAACAGGUGUUGCGACUAGAACACAACCCAUGGGUUCCAAAUAUUCAGGAGCAGUUUGAUGCAAGAGGCGCUCAAGGCGUCAUGGAUUUCAUACGCAGCGACCAGUAUAAGUACUUUUACGGACGACAGGAGGUCACCACUGGACCAGUGCCUCCGAAACGAAAUAAGGAUAAGAAGCUGUCCAGAAGAACACAUCAGUCGCAGUGUGGUUCGUAG